AGAUCAAACCAACAACCACAACACAAACAAGGAAAUCAAAAUGAACAAUCCGCUUGGUUACUUGUCUUUUCAAGAUCGCUGAAUUCACCAUAAAAACAAAUUGAUAUAGAUGUUAAAGAAUUAUGACAGAAAUAAAGAGCUGCGGGCCGCUUUGCCAGCAUCCUAGUUGCUGGAAUGAUGAAAAAGAUCGGAUGAUCGAAGCACUCAAAAGAUUAUAUGAAGGUGAAAUAAAGACGACAGGCGCGCAAGACGACUUCGAAGCAACAGUCAAAACAUUGAAUGCUGGAAUUGUGCAAGAGCCGUUACCAACUUUGAAAAUAGUUAAUGUUUUUGAGAAUGAUGAAGAUGACCAAUAUGAUGUUAAUUUGGAUAGAUCAUCAUACUACCUCCAUUUGCUUAGUUCUACUAAAGAGAACCAAUUUCCCAUCUCAUCGGCAGGAACUCGGUCAUCACGGUUACCAAAAGCUCCAUGUGCUACCCCAUCUCCUUCAUAUGCUUCCCAGUACUUCAAUAGACAAAGAAAAAAGGUUGGAAAGACUAUCACUGAGGAUAAAACCAAUGCAAAAACAGAUGAAAAUGUCAAGGCUGCAAGUGUACAAUUACAGGAUGUUGACCACAGAGAAGAGAAAUAUUCACAAACAUUUGUGCCUUAUCUGGUUUGGGUACCUUCAAAGAGGGGUAAAAACAAAAUUGAAGAUUCAGCAAGUGUCAGGUCAACUGAAGUUCCAAAAGUUGCAAUGAAAAACAUCACUGGAAGCAAUCCCGAUUUUGGAUUUCUCUCAACUCCCUUCAACAAGGAAACUGCCUUAAAAUGCUACUCUCGUGCAACACAUACAGUUAGGUCAUCACCGAACAGGCUUCAGCCGAGGCGGCUUCCUCCAAUUUCAAGAGAUGCAUCAGACAGAUCAAGGUCACCAAGACACCAGCCUACCGGGUUGGAGGGUCCAGAUAUACGUCUGACAGGCGAUGGGCUAUUGAAAUCCGAGAAAAGAAUCUUGUCUUUGAAUACACCGCAGAACACCCGCGCGUCUAUAUUCACAAAUGGAAAACUUGAAGAGUGGAAUUCGCGGGAAUCCGCGAGGCACUCGGACAGUGAAGAACGACACAGCCUUUGUAUUGUUGACGAUGACACUAUGAUCAUUCACCACGGAAUGGAGGCAGACAGUUUUAAAAGGGAUUUGUAUCAAACUAAUAGUAAAUUAUUUGCGACAAAUGUCCCAUCAAGGGUCAUGCGGGGCAUUAAAGAUGUCAAGGAGUUCAGGGCUGAACUACCGUUGCCGAGGGUAACUGUACCGAGAGCGAAACUGUCGAAACUCCCAAUCGAUAAUCAUUGUCGAAAUUCGGUACCGAGUCACAAUUUGCCUGAUAUCGAGAUGCAGCCAAUUUACGGUUCAGACAGGACCAUUUCAGACGUCACUUCCAUUGAAAACAGCGUUUCCAGAACGGAAGCAAAAACUUUACCGGACGCAGCUAGUGACGAGGUGCAGUUAUCGGAAGAACAAUAUCAGAAGCUUUUUGAAACUGUCGUGACUGACAAGCGAAAAGGACUGGAGUCUUCAGAAGAGGAGAUAUAUUCUCAUUGGGAAGAGGAAACGUUGCAGGCACCUGCACCAACGCCUUCGAGUCCACAAAAGAGAAUGGAACCAUGUCGGCUCGAUGAUUCGGAUAUUAUUGAAGCAAUCAAAGAAGAGCAGUUGAUUGAAAGCAUACAAGAUUCCGUGAGAGGUACUAAUUUCAACGAAGAUAGUAGGCCACCACUUGAUGAUGCUCCCACGCACGAUGACGCAACUCGGGUCUCGCCUGUCUUAAGCAAAACGAGCUCUGGAGAUUUUCCUAGUGACAAAGAUAUAAUGAGAAAAACAUACGAACAGUAUCGUUCCUUCACGCCUUUCAAAACCCCUGGUGUGAGCUUAAUCGAUGCAAGGUUGGAAAGUAUAAGAGAGGCAAGCAGGGAGCAUACCUAUCUAUCUGAAAGGGAACGGAGCAUUGUAUUGUCUAGAGCAUAUACUGUAUCAAUGAAUUCACGGACAAUCCCAAAUCAUCUUAAGAAGAUGGCGCGCGGAAGGGACGGCAGGAGACUGGACGGAAAGGCAAAAACCUCAAACAACGUGCCUUUGCCGAUGAGAUCAUUUAUAAAGCAGCGAAGGUCGUACGUAGAAAAUGUAUCAGACCUAAAUUUCAAAAAAUUGAAACGAAGUCAACGGAGGAUGAAAUCUGAAUAUCUCUCUUUGACACACGAUCAUUUGGAUGCGCCCUUUUUGGUGAAAAAACUUUCUUUGCAAGACCCAGCAACCAGAAUACACCACGAAAGCAUACCCGGGUAUGAAGUUUAUGAAGCCCUAUUUAGGUCUGAUAGUCGCCAUAAAGACGAGGGCGAACCACUUCCGUUUGUUAUACAAGUACCGAACCCAACACCGGACAAAGAAAGCAUUAAGUCAAAAUCCCUUGUUUCUUUACAUGGUAUUGGGGCAGAUGAUGUUGUUGAGAGCAAUGAAAAGCAUGCCAGCAUUUGUGAUGCCAAGGCAGUCAGUAAGGAUUCAAUGCAAAGCCCAGAAGAUCGCGCAGUCGAUGUGAGUAGCAGUUUGAGUGCAGAAUCUCCCGUGAAGUCAACAAAAUCAGGUCCGAUUGACGCUAUAUCGAAUCUAGAUUUGCCAAAUGAUGAGAGUCAUGUGCUUGAAGAAAUAGAGACGGAGAAAGAUGACGUGGAACAGCACAGUUCAGAACAUAUUAUGUCGAGUAGCGAUUUGGAACGAAAGCCUGGUAUGAUGUCAGAGACCAAGACGAGCCAAGUUUCGUCAGAAAGUGACUCAGAACACAGUUUUCUUGGUUGCAUAAAUCUCCUAUCGGACAUAAAAUCUGAAAUGGAUUUCUCCUUGAAUUUUGAUGAUCAAAAAAGCCAUUCAACUGUAGGCCAUGAAUCGAAACUGGAUGAACCGUUUUCUUAAAGUUUCAACGAAAGUACUUUUCGUGAAUUCUAAUGAUAACAAAACUGGAAAUCUCUACUUUGAUAAUUCUGUUUUAAUGAUAAAUAUGGUAUGAUUGUUUGUAUAUAAAUUUAUGAAUUUUAACAAUUUAAGACAAUCUCACCUAAAAAUCUAGUCUCACCAACCUAUUGAUAAAUCAAGAACAGUUUUGAAAGAAAAGUUCCUUGAAAGGUGAGGCUGAAUAGAACACCUUUAGUGCUAUAUCUACACAUAGCUUAUCUUUAUCAUUUAAUAUGGCUACUACACAAUAUCCUAUAUGUCUUUGAUCUCACAAACAGUAGAUAACACACGCCGGCAUUUUGCAAAAAGUUCGAAUUCUGUCCUGUUUGAAUAAUGGAUUGCAGUGGUGGAAAAAGGUUAGCAUAUUGUUUUCAAAGAGUUGAUGUGGUAAGCUACUUCAGCCUACAUUUGUCAGUCAGUUUAUUAAGAGUUUUUACAAUGUUCGAUUGUUCAGAAGACUUCAGAAAACCAAAUAACUUUGCUCGUUUAUUUAUAACUAGUUUCUUACCCAGCAGAAACUUUUUGUAUCCAAUCAAAAUUUUGUAAUUACUUCUGAACUUUUAUAAACCAUUCAUGUUAGCAAGCUAGUUCAUAAAUGGAAAUCGGGUUGGUUUUAGAAUUAUACAGUCAGCAACUUUUGAUAUGUUACAGGAAAUGGGUUUUGCUUUUAGCGUCAAAAUUUAGAGUCAAAAUCUUUUUAUUCUCAUCUUCGUUACAAUUACAAAAAGUCGGCUUAAAAUGACCUUCAAUUUUCCUGUUGCAUUGCAUUACAUUUAGCUGCUCUGUUCGAAUAUCAUUUAAAUCUAAUAUGAUUUAAUAUUGGAGGGGAAAGAGAACUAAUCCUUAAUAUUGGCCUUUCUUUCUUUUCACAUUCGUUUCCCUCUCCUCUAGCUACUACGAAAUAAGGGGCUAUUACGAAAUUCCUUGCAUUUUUAGAAAAAUUCGAGAAUUUCGAUAUUAUAGAAAAAUUCAUCUUAUCACUGAAUUUUAUAGCUAAAUUGAAGGAAAAUAUAAAUAUUUUUCAGUUUUAGCACAUAAUUUUCCUUUCUAGCAGAUUUCUAGCAUUUUCCAAAUUUCUUCCGAUCGAGUUUAUUUCAUACAAAUCUGCACCUAUUAUAAAACUGAGAAUCCUGGUUACUUUCAACUGUCCCUUUGUUUUCAAGGAAAAAAUGUUUCCUCGCAUAAGGAAAGUCUCCAUCCCUCCCGUCUGUCCGUUCGUCAUCAAAUUGGCCAAAAAAGUUUCAUCCAGCACAUGAAAAAAAUAUAUCUUAACACCUGUUGCUUUUUAACUAUCUCAUUUUAGUACAAAAAGCGUGACUGUUUCAUUUAAUCAGUGCUCAAUAACGUAGUUCGUCUGUAAUUUCACAAUUUCGCCCUGUCCGAUCACAAUCAAAAAUAUGUUCAACAAAAAUAUAAUAAAGGGAAUACUUUAUGAAUAUAUAUUUUCAUGAUACAGCCCUUAGCUUGAUAAAUAUAUACAAAUUCAUAUACUUAAGAUACGACUUUUGUACAUAGAAGUUGAAUAUGGUUGCGACGAUUCGACCAAAACUUUCAUCAGGAUUAUUAAUGUUUGACCUGAAAAUUUAUUAUGCUCGAAAAUUCGCAACAAUAUUCAACUUCCUUGUACAAAGUUUUAUAUUAAUUGUAUUAAAGGCAUUGAGUCAU